CCGAUUUCCGGGCAUCUCUCGAUUGGCUGCCGCAGGGCAAUGGACACCCGGCGUAUGGCUCAUCGGGGUUCCUUAUCGCAGUAUCGAUAAGCCGCAUUGCUUAUCUCACCUACCAGCGCCUCAAGUAACAUCAUCGACGUGCUUCCUUUCUUCUCACUCAAACCCCAACCUAUUCAGCUAUAGUCUGUCUAUUUAUGAGAAGACAAUGCCGCCAUAAUAAGGAGCACUACGCAUACCCAUUCACAGCCCUCUAGCCCACAUGUACCAUGACCUCCGGAUCUAGCACCCAGCUCGACACAGAGCUCGAGUCGUUCCGCCAACAAUGGCUUACGGAUCUACACUCCAAAGGCAACCAGCCAUCGUCUACUUCUGGGCCGCGCCAAGGAGAGUCAUCAUCAGCGCCGGCCAAGCACAGGCGGAAAGUGUCAGCUCAGGUCCCGGCAAGGAAGAAGGCCAUCUAUGCUGAAGACGACAAUGACUACCUGCACGGCCAGGCCUUUGACGAGGCACCCCCUCCCACGGGGCACACUCUCACGGGGCCGAGCAAGGAACCCCCAAGAGAGCUGGUCUCUGCGUUGGAUCACUUUGAAGAGGCCAUGGAGAGGGAAGCGCAGGGGAACAUGGGCGACAGCCUGAAGCUCUACCGGCAAGCUUACAAGCUGGACAACACCGUGGACAAGCGGUAUCGGGAGAAACACUUCCCGCCAGGGCAUACCAAACCAAAGAAGCAGGUCUCGGCGGCGAAGGAAACAUCAGAACCUGUACAGCCUCAGGAACCUGAUGAGCCCCAACCGUUGACGAUCCAGGAGCUCAUUGCGUCCUUUUCCACACUGGCCAUCGAACCAACCCCGCCAGACGUAGAGGGCAUGCCGCAACCACCCUGCCCAAUUUCCGAACUGCCUGACGAACUGCUUUCACACAUCCUUCUCGACGUCGCCAUCGCUGAUGUCGCGGACUUUGCACGGCUGUCGCUGGUGUGCAAGCGCUUGGCUUACCUAGUCUCCUCGGAGCAACGCAUAUGGCGUAGGGUAUGCAUAGGGAGGGAGUUUGGCUUCCAAGGUCUCUGGCGUCACUGGGGUAUCGAGAAGGAGUGGCAACCGCUGCCAGAAUGGACGGAACUUCCGAGCGGCGACAUUGUCAACACGAGAGACAUACAGGAGGCCAGGAUGCGAGAAGAGCACAUCAAAACCCUGUCUCUGGUCCCUUCCCCAUAUCCAUCAUGGCAGACGCAAUUCUUCCGACGUCCCAGGAUACGAUUCAAUGGCUGCUACAUAUCGACAGUGAACUACGUCCGCUCGGGCCAGCAGUCCACCAACCAGGCCACGUGGGGCGGUGCGCCCGUCCUCAUCGUCACGUACUACCGCUAUCUGCGCUUCUACCGCGACGGCUCGUGCAUUUCCCUCCAAACAACGAGUGAGCCGGGCGAUGUGGUACAUCAUCUCACAAAAGACGAGUUGGCGCGCCACAAGGGCGACAAGGACCGGGGCCAUGCGAGCAACCUGCCUGGGGCCGUCAUGAGUCUCGCCCUGAAAGGCCGCUGGCGACUCGCCAACGAAGAGGACGAGAGUCACGGCAAGACGCUGGAAGAGCGCGAAGGCGACCUCUACAUUGAGACGGAGGGCGUCAAGCCGCGGUACAUGUACCGCAUGGAGCUGUCCCUGCGCAAUGCGGGCAAGGGCGCGCGGAACAACAAGCUUGUUUGGCGUGGGUUCUACAGCUACAACAAGCUGUCGGCUGACUGGGGCCAAUUUGGCCCCAAGAACGACAAGCCAUUUUUCUUUAGCCGCGUGCGGAGUUAUGGGUUUGGCGCGUAAACAAGCCCCCUAUAGAGAUGAUCGAUCCAAUAAAUGAGCUCACGAGACACGUGCAAACACAUUUCCAUCAGCAUGGUAUUGCCAUUGCCCCUAUAUCCGCAUAAAGUCAACGGUCCCAUGGUCAUUAAGUAAGCC